AUGCUGGGCAACAAGGAGGUCAAGCUCACCGUGACCGACACCGCCGGCCAGGAGCGGUUCAGGACUCUCACUUCCUCGUACUACCGUAACGCUGAUGCGAUCCUCGUUGUUUUCGAUAUCACCAACGAAGAUUCCUACACGGAUGUGCCCGCCUGGGUGGAGGAGGGCCAGCGCUACGCCGUUGAUUCGAUCAUGUUCCUCGUUGGCAACAAGGCCGACGUGUCCGAAGAGCGUGUCACGGAAGCCGCCAAGGCCGAGGAGUACGCCAAGGAUGAAGAGAUCGCGUUCUACAUGGAGACGUCGGCCAAGACCGGCAACAACGUGGACGCUCUCUUCCUGGCCGUCGCCAAGAAGCUUGAGGGAAGCUUCAACCCUGACGAGGAGGAGGCCGACAACGGCAAGAAGGGCAAGAAGGGCAAGAAGGACGAUGGCAAGGUUGACAUCAAGUCGACGGACAAGAAGAAGUCGGGCGGCAAGAAGUGCACCAUCUAA